AUGGCGGCUGCCGAGGCUACUGAUGGCCAAGUUACGAGGGGAAGAUCUGUCGCCUUCCACAAAAACCAGCCAGUUCAUGGCAACAAAAAUUCGCCUGAAUACGAUAUGGAGCAAUGCGUCGCGGCAAUGAAGGGCAAAGAAAUUCCGAAUGAUUUGAGUUCUUUUUGGCAUCGUCGAGCUGUCAUCCGCGGUAUUCGCGACUCGCUCGAAUUCGCACAAAGCCCGGCAGUCAUCGAGCUCUGUGCUCGCGACGAUAGCCAUGCUCAUCAGUUUGCCCGUGCCCGUAACGCCCGCCUGAUAAUGAGUGACAUUAUCCCGGACAUGGACGACUCGGCCACCCAGCCAUAUUGCAUUUGGUAUCCGGAGCUUGCAUCCAUUAAGACGUACCGUGAGAUUGCCUGUCGGUUCCCAUCCAUGCGAUACCAAGUCGGUCGAGCGUGCGCCGCUGCGUCCUACACCGAUCUCUAUAGAGAGUUAGACCUCCUUCCUGAUGUGUCAAUUGCGGAAGAAGCCCGCGAGGUGGACACAAAUGCCGAGAUCUAUAAGAUGAUCAAGUCGGCCUCUCAAAGAUAUGCUGUCAUGGAUGAUUUCACUCGAUCUGUCAACCUUGAGAGCCCGCAAACACCCGCAUUCCUGAACGGAAAUAUGAAGCCCCGAUGGGCCCUUGAACAGCGUGCCUGUCCUCCCAAGAAUAUACCAGAUACAACAGCAGAUGAUAUUGAUCUUGAGGAAGAUGGAUUUAUCGGCUUAGAAGACGUUAAUCUCAAGGAUUGUGACGCUUUCAUUGGGCCAGGGGACUCUGGGCAACUGUGGAUGCCUCUUCCGCCUGACCUUCCAGUCCUUGAAAAACGCCUUCAAACGCAGAUGGCUGCGUGGGAUGGCAAUAUCGACAGAUAUGCCCGACUCAUGCACCCACGGAGACUCAGAACUUUUACGGAACUGAAUUGUAUUCUGCGUGGGAUCCAUCACAGUACAAUGUUUGCGGGAUGGUGGGCCUAUCAGAUGGAAAUCAACCCAGAGCGAGCCAUCAUCCCGGACAAAUUGGUGAGCGACGGCAAUAAACACGAGAGUCGGAUGAUUCGCACUGCCAUCACGGCUCGCAAGAUAAUGAGUAAUGAAGUGGGCGGCAUUGAAGAUGGCUCAGACUGCCUCCCCUGGAUGAUCUGGUGGCCGGUAAUGCCUCACUAUAGUACUUGUUAUGAGCUAGCCAAGAAGUGUCCUUCCAUGAGGCUUCAGGUAGCAAUUACCUGUGUGCUGGGUGACUAUGAAGCUAUUUUCAGACAGUUGGAGCCCCCUCCCCGCGAAGCUCUGUUCGCAGCCGCGAAACGAAGUAGCAACCCGUUCUACCUCCAGUACUUAGAAGAAAGCGCAGCAAAAACGAAUGUCGAAAGUGAAAAGCUCGCAGACUUCGGCGACUACGAUGUGAAUGAAGCCAGUCUGGCGGCUGAUAUGGAGCCUAGGCACUCGACAGCUUAUAGCUCGAUUGACUUUUCUUCUAUGGCCGCUGGAUGGGCCGAAGACUUCAGCAUUUACGGGAGUAGGCCGGCGAAUGUGGGAUGCGUGGAGAGAUAUGUAUGGCUGUCGACUGCCACAGCGGAGAAGAUUGAAGAUGAAUGUGGGGGAGUUUACGAGUCAUCCAAUAGUGACUACGUACAUCUUGACCCAAAUGAUGAAAGGCUCAAUACUGUACAGCCUAUACUGCCUAUGCGAUAA